AGCUACCGUUUGCGGCUCGCGCCAUGCAAGCCAACGUCAGGCAAAAAUAGGGGAGAAAAGAGGUUGCAGAGGUUUCGUCUUCACGCAGGCCGGUUUUCGGCAAUCGGGCUGGUGAAGAAGGGCACCUCUUCCACACUCCUGUAAUUCCACCUAAAUGGAAAGGGCAGAAAUGAAAAAUACAAAAAGAAAGAGAGAGCCCUGACGUUUCAUUUUUGCGGAAAGAGGGAAAAAAUCAGACAUUUCUCCAUUUCUUCUUUUCCUCUUUUUAUUUUCUUUCCAUUUCCCGCUCCAUUUUUUAUAGGGUUUCAAAGGCGGGAGACUUUCUACGAUUUGAUUUUAGUUUUAUUUUUUUGGAUUUUUCAUUCCUUUUUCUUAAAUUUUUUUUUAUUGGUUAUCCCGAUGCGAUCUUCAAGGCGGGGAAGGUAAUUGAGGGCGGAUCAGGAGGCGGCUGAGAUUCGGAUUGAAUCGAGGUUCGAAAUGGUUGCUCCAGUAAAAAUAGCAGUAGGAUCGCCUGUUUGGGUGGAGGAUCCUGAUGUGCUUUGGAUAGAUGGGGAAGUAUUGGAGGUCAGUGGGGAAGAAUAUAAGAUCAGAUGUUCAAAUGAGAAGACGGUGGUAGCUAACGCAUCCAAUGUCCAUCCUAAAGAUGCCGAAGCACCACGUUGUGGUGUAGAUGACAUGACAAAGCUUUCUUAUCUGCAUGAACCAGGGGUCCUGCAGAACUUAAAAUCUAGAUAUGACAUGGAUGAAAUUUAUACCUACACUGGAAGUAUUUUGAUUGCUAUAAACCCUUUUAAAAGACUGCCUCAACUAUAUGACAGCCACAUGAUGGCACAGUACAAAGGGGCAGCCUUCGGUGAGCUGAGCCCUCAUCCUUUUGCUAUUGCAGAUGCUGCAUAUAGACUAAUGAUGAAUGAGGGGAUAAGCCAGUCUAUUCUAGUGAGUGGUGAAAGUGGAGCAGGUAAAACAGAAAGCACAAAAAUGCUUAUGCAUUAUCUUGCUUACAUGGGAGGGAGAGCAGCAGCAGCUGAGGGGCGAAGUGUGGAGCAGAAAGUACUCGAGUCCAAUCCUGUUCUAGAAGCAUUUGGCAAUGCAAAGACUCUCCGGAAUAAUAACUCCAGCCGUUUUGGUAAGUUUGUUGAGAUUCAGUUCGACCAGAUGGGGAGGAUUUCAGGAGCAGCCAUCAGAACUUAUUUGCUCGAAAGAUCUCGUGUCUGUCAAGUAUCUGAUCCUGAGAGAAACUACCACUGUUUCUACAUGCUUUGUUCAGCACCACCGGAGGAUAUUGAGAGAUACAAAUUGGGUAAUCCAAGAACAUUUCGUUAUCUAAAUCAAUCUAACUGCUAUGAGUUAGAUGGGGUAGCUGAUUCUAAGGAAUACUUGGUAACUAGGAGGGCGAUGGAUGUUGUGGGAAUAAGUCAUGAUGAGCAGGAUGCAAUUUUCAGAGUAGUAGCUGCGAUUCUCCAUCUAGGCAAUGUUGAAUUUUCAAAAGGAGCAGAUGCAGAUUCAUCGGAGCCUAAAGAUGAAAUAUCUUGGUUCCAUCUAAGAACUACUGCAGAGCUUUUCAUGUGUGAUGUGAAAGCUCUUGAAGAUUCCUUAUGCAAGCGUGUGAUUGUAACUCGCGAUGAGACCAUUACGAAAAAUCUUGAUGUGGAAUCUGCAACACUCAGUAGAGAUGCUUUGGCAAAAAUUGUAUAUUCAAAACUAUUUGAUUGGCUUGUGAAUAAGAUUAAUAGUUCGAUUGGUCAAGACUGCAAUUCAAAAUUCUUAAUCGGAGUACUGGAUAUUUAUGGAUUUGAGAGCUUCAAGACAAACAGUUUUGAGCAAUUUUGCAUCAAUUUGACAAACGAGAAACUUCAACAACACUUCAAUCAGCAUGUUUUUAAAAUGGAGCAAGAAGAAUAUACGAAAGAAGAAAUUGAGUGGAGUUAUAUUGAAUUUGUUGAUAAUCAAGAUGUUCUAGAUCUCAUUGAAAAGAAGCCUGGUGGGAUCAUAGCUCUUUUGGAUGAGGCUUGUAUGUUCCCAAGAUCAACACAUGAAACAUUUGCCCAAAAGCUGUACCAGACAUUUAAAACACAUAAACGCUUCAGCAAGCCGAAAUUGUCGCCCACAGACUUUACAAUUUCUCACUAUGCUGGGGAUGUCACAUACCAGACGGAAUUAUUCUUAGACAAGAACAAAGAUUAUGUUGUUGCUGAGCAGCAAGCACUCUUGAAUGCCUCGAAUUGUUCCUUUGUUUCGGGUCUCUUUCCUCCUCCAUCUGAGGAAUCAUCCAAAUCAUCAAAGUUUUCAUCAAUAGGCUCACGGUUUAAGCAACAACUGCAAGCCUUGCUAGAAACUUUGAGUGCCACUGAGCCACACUACAUUCGCUGUGUGAAACCCAAUAAUCUUCUCAAGCCAGCAAUUUUCGAGAACACUAAUGUUCUACAGCAGCUUCGAUGUGGGGGAGUCAUGGAGGCAAUUAGGAUAAGCUGUGCGGGAUAUCCUACAAGGCGAAUAUUCUGUGAAUUUGUUGACCGGUUUUGCAUCCUUGCUUCUGAUGUUUUGGAUGGGAGCUGCGAUGAGGCCACUGCUUCUAAGAGGUUACUAGAGAAGGCAGGUCUCAAGGACUAUCAGGUAGGGAAAACAAAGGUGUUUCUUAGGGCCGGUCAGAUGGCAGAACUAGACGCCCGUAGGAAUGAGGUUUUAGGAAGAUCAGCUGCCAUUAUCCAAAGGAAAGUCCGUUCACACUUGGCCCACAAAACAUUUGUCUCAUUGCGGCGAUCUGCAAUAGAGAUUCAAGCAGCAUGCAGAGGACAACUUGCACAGAAAGUUUAUGGAAUAAUGAGAAGAGAAGCUGCCUGUCUGAAGAUCCAGAAAUAUUUUCGCAUGUAUCUUGCAAGGAAGGCUUAUAAAAACUUGUCUUUUUCAGCCAUUACUAUCCAAUCUGGUUUGCGUGGGAUAGCUGCUCGUAACGAGCUGACUUUCAGGAGGCAGAGGAGAGCUGCAGUUGUUAUCCAGAGUCAAUGCCGCCAAUUCUUGGCUCGCAUGCAUUAUAUGAGGAUAAAGAAGGCAGCAAUCACCACACAAUGUGCAUGGAGAGGAAGAGUUGCUCGAAGAGAGCUAAAGAAACUCAAAAUGGCAGCUAAGGAAACUGGUGCUCUCCAAGCUGCCAAAAGUAAGUUGGAAAAGCAAGUUGAAGAUCUUACGUUAGAACUACAGAUGGAGAGAGGCAUGAAGGCUGAGAUAGAGGAAGCUAAAACACGAGAAAAUGCAAAAUUGCAAUCUGCUCUGGACGAGAUGCUACUUCAAUUCGAAGAAGCCAAAGAGAUUCUGAUGAAGGAGGCUGAGAUAGAGGAAGCUAAAACACGAGAAAUUGCAAAAUUGCAAUCUGCUCUAGACGAGAUGCAACUUCAAUUCGAAGAAACCAAAGAGAUUCUGAUGAAGGAAAGAGAGGCUGCAAAAAAGACUGCAGAGCAAAUUGCUCUGACACAGGAGGUCCCAGUUGUUGAUAACGUGUUGUUGGAUAAAGUUACUGUUGAAAAUGAAAAACUGAAGGUUAUGGUGAGUUCACUGGAAAAGAAGAUUGACGAAAUUCAACUGGACGGGAUUCAACUUCAAUUCAAAGAAACUAAAGAGAUGCUGGUGAUAGAACAAGAGGUUGCAAAAGAAGCAGCAGAGCAAAUUCCUCUCAUGCAGGAGGUGCCAGUUGUUGAUAAUGUGCUGUUGGAUAAACUUAUUGUUGAAAAUGAAAAACUAAAGGCUAUGGUGAGUUCACUGGAAAAGAAGAUUGACGAAAUUCAACUGGAUGGGAUGCAACUUCAAUUCAAAGAAACUAAAGAGAUGCUGGUGAUGGACCACGAGGUUGCAAAAAAUGCAGGAGAGCAAAUUCCUGUCAUGCAGGAGGUCCCAGUUGUUGAUAGUGUGCUGUUGGAUAAACUUACUGUUGAAAAUGAAAAACUGAAGGCUAUGGUGAGUUCACUGGAAAAGAAGAUUGACGAAAUUCAACUGGAUGGGAUGCAACUUCAAUUCAAAGAAACUAAAGAGAUGCUGGUGAUGGAACAAGAGGUUGCAAACAAAGCAGCAGAUCAAAUUCCUGUCAUGCAGGGGGUCCCAGUUGUUGAUAAUGUGCUGUUGGAUAAACUUACCGUUGAAAAUGAAAAACUGAAGGCUAUGGUGGGUUCACUGGAAAAGAAGAUUGAAGAAAUGCAAUUGGAAGAGAUGCAGCUUCAAUCCAAAGAAACUGAAAAGAUGCUAGUGAAGGAACAAGAGGCUGGGAAAGAAGCAGCAGACCUAAUUCCUGUCCUACAGGGGGUCCCAGUCGUUGAUAGUGUGCUAUUGGAUAAACUUACUUUUGAAAAUGAACAACUGAAGGCCAUGGUGAGCUCACUGGAAAAGAAGGUAGAUGAAACUGAAAGAAAGUAUGAAGAAACACACAGGCUUAGUGAAGAAAGGCUUAAGCAGGCUAUGGACGCAGAGUCAAAGAUAAUUCAAUUGAAGACUGACAUGCAGAGACUAGAAGAAAAGCUCUUGGACAUGGAGACCGUGGAUAUUCUAAGGCAACAGGCCUUGUUAAAAACACCUGUAAAACACAUUUCAGGGCAUUUGUCAAUUCCAAAAAUGAAGAAUUUGGAGAAUGGUCACCAUGAGAAUAAUGCAUUAUCCAAUAGCAAGUUGAGGGCAUCCCAGGUUCAGAGACAGCAUGAGAGCUUAGAUGCUCUUAUGAAAUGUGUGGUCCAAAAUAUUGGGUUCAGUCAAGGAAAACCAGUUGCAGCAUUUACCAUAUACAAAUGUCUUCUUCAUUGGAGAUUGUUUGAAGCUGAACGGACUAGUGUUUUUGACCGUCUUAUUCAGAUGAUUGGUUCUGCAAUUGAGAAUGAGGAGAACAGUAAUCAUUUGGUUUACUGGCUAUCAAAUACAUCAACUUUGUUGUUCUUGCUACAACGAAGUCUAAAAGAACCUGGUGCAGCUGGAGGCACUCCUCACAAACCACCCCCUCCAAUGUCAUUAUUCGGGAGAAUGACCCUAGGAUUCCGCUCUUCUUCGAACCUUCCGGUAGGUAAUCUGGCUGUCAUACGCCAAGUUGAUGCGAAGUACCCUGCCUCGCUUUUUAAGCAGCAGCUCACAGCAUAUGUUGAGAAGAUAUUUGGAAUUAUUCGUGACCAACUGAAGACUACUUUGACACCACUGCUUACUCAAUGUGUUCAGGCACCAAAAGCAUCAAGGGCAAGUAUGCUUAAAGAAUCUGGAGAAUCUUCUGGGAAUCACGCUCCAAGCAGUCAUUGGCAGAUCGUUAUUGAAAACCUGAAAAGCAGUCAUUGGCAGAUCGUUAUUGAAAACCUAAAUACUCUUCUCAAAACAAUGCAAGAAAACUUUGUGCCUUCGAUUCUUAUACAGCAUAUCUUUACUCAGAUUUUCUCAUAUAUCAAUGUGCAUCUCUUUAACAGCCUUCUCCUGCGUCGUGACUGUUGCACCUUCAGCAAUGGAGAAUAUGUGAAAUCUGGGUUAGGUGAAUUAGAGCAAUGGUGUGCGCAAGAAGAACAUGCAAGCUCCUGUUGGGAUGAACUUAAGCACAUUAGGCAAGCUGUAGGAUUAUUGGUGAUACACCAGAAGUCUACAAUUUCCCUUGAUGACAUCUGCAACAACCUAUGCCCCAUCCUGAGCAUCCAGCAGCUUUACAGAGUAUGUACAAACUACAGGGAUGACAAUUAUAAUACUCAGAGUGUUGAUGAAGAUGUCAUUGCCAGCAUGAGAAUGCUGAUGACGGAGGAUGCCAACACUGUUGAAGGCAAUACCCUUAUUCUUGAUGACAACACUAGCAUUCCAUUCUCGGUUGAUGAGCUAUCUACUUCCCUUCAAGAGAAGGACUUCUCGGAUGUCAAACCUGCGGCUGAGCUUCUUGAGAAUCCAGCCUUCCAAUUUUUACAGGAGUGAGGCUGUGAAAGUUUCAAGCAUUCUUUCAUUCUUUUUUCUCCAUGCAUCCCCACAACUGCCCUGAGGUAGAAAGAAAUCUCGGGCUUUCAUGUAAAUCCACCCCAUUCUUUUUAUUCAGGUCCGUAGCUGUAAAUUUAUUCUUUGCAUUUCGAUGUGUAAAAUCUCCUAGAGAUAGCUAAAAGGGUAUUACCCUGCUGUUGAGUUUGGUCUUUAUAUUAUCGUCUCCUCCCCAUCUUCUUCUUUUAAGUAGUGGGGAAGAGAGACCAUUCUUUGUAGAUAUAAGGCAGCGUUCAUUCAUUGUAGGGUGGUAGGAGGAGCCAUAUUAAACACCCCCCCCCCUGUAAAGCAAAUUAAUUACUGCAUCUAACAUCUUAUUUAUAGCAUUUUUUCUCUUUCAAUUUUUUUUAUUUUUUUUAUUUUUAACAUUGACUAGAUUGAGAUUGGCUAGAAGACUUGUAUUCAAUUCUCCUACUGAAGCUGUACAGCAGUUUGUAUAACUAGACAUUGCUUGCUACUUCUAUCUUCAAAGAAGGGUGGUUUCUGCCAGAUUUAUGUUGAUGUUGAUGACAUGUAUUCACUUUCUGCUAAGAACAGUUUAUGGAAUGAAGCAUUUGGAAGCUUCUUGCAAAUAGCUCUGUGGGCAUACUUGGAUGUGCUCGGACCAUUUUCUUAAAUGUUAUGUAGACGUGUAUAUUUUUUUUAUGACUGGUGCUCUCCAAUCUUGUCGCUUGGAUCUGCCU